CAAUGACUUGAAAUGAACGCGGAUGAUAAGAACGGAAAGAUACGGCCUACAGUGCGAUUGCACUGGAUUGCAUUUUUCAACGAAGAACAUGGGUUGGAGAAGUGGAUAUUAUACUGAACAUGUAUGGGUGGUACAUAUAUAAAACAAUGGAGAUAUCUGCAAAUUGUUCGAAUACGCGUAUCAACGACGCAUUUGCGCCUCAUUGUAAAUUAUGCUUGCCCACGGAUAUACAUACAUAUAUGCAUGCACUCAUAAAAAAUGGCCGACGACGUUCGGCGCUUUUGAAAUCUUGGUAAGCAUUAGAAACAAUUGAUUUAAUAGAGGUGCUUUCCAGUUUUGGUCUCAUUGCUCCUGGAUCUUAUUUUAUAUGUAUAAGUUCUCAAAUCACUCCGGCGAGGACGACGCAAAUUAUUCGCGCGUGAGUGCGUUUGGAGCACCAACUGAAAGCUGAAAGACGAUCGCUCCGUGUUCUCCGUCAUGAAAAAACGGCGCGGUUAAGCACUUCUGGGCUGACGCAUUGUUCAAACAUUUUGAUUGUUGCCACGCAGUUGGGCACGCGUUAGCUGCGCGUCCCAUUCUGCUCGUUGUUUCGGCCGAUACGAGUUUUGCGAGCGAGAAUAGAAGCGAGCGCAAACGAUCUCAUUAUUGGCGUCUCACCGAAUAAUAUUAUAUACCGGCGACGGCAAGCGUUAGAAUUUCGGAGCUGGCAGCAGGCAGACAGAAAAGAAAAGUGACGAGAUAGACGAGAGGGAAGGAGAGAAAAAGAAAAAGAGGGAAGUGAGAGAGAGAGAGAGAGAGAAAGAGAGACGGGUAUCUUGAUAAAUGGGAAAACGCGCCAUUACCAGGGCCGCUAUCGGCACCACUGAUCUCUGCGCAGAUCGUUUCGUCGUCUCUCGCUACACGUUUGAAUAAUUAAUUUGUUCUCCGCGUGCAUCAGGGAUGUCAUGCGUUACGCCACUUCGGGUGGCCGCACGAUGUGUUUACGCUUACUGAGAAUUUUUAAGGUCUUUUAUUAAAGCUCUUACUAUCAUUUAUUAAAGCUCUUGUCCUAGUCUUUGGAUGCUUUUUUUUUCAUUCGAUCCGAUGUCUCGGCUCAUAUUUCGCUUCAACGAGCAGUGUAACACCUUCCGUUGCAUUUAUACGAUAUCUUUCAAAUGUUUGAAAAACGAAACUGAAUGUUGCGACGUAAGGAUUUUGGAAACCUUAAGGAGAGACUAGAGCAGUUUAUAUAACGAUCACUAUCUGAUAGCGAACUGGAAAAAAAGGAAUACAGUGAACAGAAUUUUUCACCAGGGAAAGAAGAAAUACACGUUCCCAUGUAUGAAACCUGGAACGUCAGAAUAUAAAUGUGAAUCUUUCUUGCCGAUGUUCUCUUCGCUGGACUCGAUAUGCUAAGCUGAUGGACGGACAGACGAACGGAUACAUCGGUGAGCUGGUGGCAUCGCAAUCGAUAUACAGUCUUGAUAAAGGGAGGCACAUUGGCCGGUCGAUCGAGACGAAGAGGAUGAAGAAGCAAGGAAAGAGGGGGAGGAAGAGGAGGAGAAGGGAAGAAGAGGAAGAGGAGCCGCGGCGGUUUUAGAUCCGGUGAUAUAGGUGGCACGAUAUAUAAGCAGUUCGUUCGUUCGUCCGUAUCUCCAUCCUUGGUCGAGCAUACAUAAUCGGUUAACCGUUUACGUGACACGACACCAGUCGACUCGAUCGGUGACGAGCGACGCGGCGCCUCGGGGGAAAAAACACGGCAUUUCGAUAGAAGCCGGUCGGCAGGAUACGCCCGGCGUAUAUAAACCGUAGAUGGACCUCCCAUGUGUUUCAGUUGUCCGAAAACCCUUAUAAGUUUUAGACGGUCUCUCCUUUUCUAUGAAAAGCACACCUUUUCCCUUUAUCCUCUUGAUUUUUCCUUUACCUGCCCUAAUUGCUUCGCGCAUUCCUCUUCUCAUAUCUCUUGGGUUUGCCCCGUUCUCCAGUCCUCUACGUCGCUCAUCUCCUCCGGCUAUAGGUCUCGCAUAUGCACAUCGCUGAUGCACACAUGCGUUUACAUACUAAACUAAAUCGCGCGUUCAUCAUCGCAAUCUCCUCCCUAUUCCUCUCUCGAUCUCGUCCUCUCGUUCGCCAUAUACUGUCGUCCUUGUCCUUGUCCUGUCCUUUCUCGUCAGGAGUCCUCCUUGCCCUUUUUUUUCCAGCUACCGGCGAACGCGCAAGUCGUCUUCUUCGCCAGUACCUUCCUCCCUCUCUCCUAUCCUUCACUCUCUACCAACCCGUCUAACUCUUUUUCUUUUUCUUCCCUUCUUUCUAACUCCCGUCCUUGUCGCCGUUUCUGACCGUUUUGCUUUUACGUUCUUGCUUAUCUCUCCUGCAACGAGACCGGGCGAUCUCUCCUGUAUUCCCGCUGUGUAAUUGAACUGAACGAGGAUACGCUUCUACUUGCACGUCGGAAUAAGGAAGCUGAAAGAGAGAAAUUGAAAGAAAACACGGAAUUAGAAAAACCGGGAUAAGAAACGACAAUGUUGCAAUGGUGCGUCGCGACUGCGGUUACCCUACUGGUUGUCCUCAUCUACUUUGCGUAUUUCUUCAAAUUCAACUGGGUGAAAGACUUCAGAAGUGAGAGUAGGACCCAGCAGAAUGGUGGCGUUUGUUACACUGGUAGAAAAAAUCGGAAGGUGGGCAAACUACCACCAGUUUAUCCAAACGGAUGGUUUGCCUUGCUCGAAAGUUCACAGAUAAAGAAGGGCCAGGUGAAACACGUGUCGGCCCUCAGCGAAAAUUUUGCGGUGUUCAGAACCGAAAGAGGCGUCGUCAACAUUUUAGACGCUUACUGCCCGCAUUUAGGGGCAAAUAUGGCCGAGGGUGGCCGUGUCAAGGGAGAUUGUCUGGAGUGCCCCUUCCAUAGCUGGACCUUCCGCGGAGAGGACGGCUACUGUGAGAACAUACCUUACUCUGAAAAGGUGCCACACAUCGCCCGAGCGAAAGUCUGGAAGUGCUGCGAAGUGAAUUGCCUUAUCUUUGUCUGGUACCACUCCGAAUCAGUUGAGCCGGACUAUCAACCCCAAUCGCACACAUGCAUCUCCAACGGGACGUGGCGUUACCAAGGUCGUAAUGAGUUUCUCAUUAACUGCCACAUACAGGAAAUAGCCGAGAACGGAGCUGAUCCUGCUCAUCUCGACGCGGUGCAUGGUCCGGCUAUGUUCCUCCCCGGUAACUUUUCUUGGUUGGCUCAUCACUUGUGGAUAACCAACAGUGGAUGGCGGCCACACUGCUCGUACGAGAACAAGACGGACGAUGCAAACGCCGAUACGGAAGUUACAAAGAUGCGUGCUAAAUUGAACGACGUGUUGAUCCAUCCGAUUGAGAAUAGCAACGAGGAUCGUCACCUCGCGGUCACGGAAAACGGCUUCGGCAAAAGAGAGAAGCAUAGAGCUGGCUUGUAUAUGUGUCACAAAUUGGUUCUGCUGAAUCGCUUCAGCGUGAUGGAAAUUGACGUGCACGCCGAGCAGAUCGGACCUAGCUACGUCGAGCUGAUGAUCGACACAUCGUUCGGGCCUAUGUGCAUCCUGCAGACAGUUACACCGAUAGAGCCGCUGCUGCAACGGGUGACCCAUCAAAUUUUCUCGCCGCCUCUGCUUGCGCCAUACGCUAAUCUGAUUUUCCUGGGCGAGUGCGUGAUGUUCGAGCGCGACAUCAUGGUCUGGAACUACAAGAAAUACGAACGACAACCGAUCCUGGUGCGCGAAGACCGUGCCAUUCUCGCGUAUCGCCGUUGGUACUCGCAGUUCUACUCCGACAACAGUCCCACUUAUCAAACAGCCGUAAAGGAUCUGCAAUGGUAAUUUCUUUUCGAAAUGUAUGCUUUCUGUUAUAUUUAUAAGUGUUAAAGUAGAUAUGUAACGAUGUAAGAUAUAUAACGUUUAUUUUUAAGAAAACGCGCUUGAUAUAUAUUGAUUAUAGUAUAAGUAGUUAAAUUUUAAUUAGGAUGUCAAUGCAUUUUUUUUUACUGUUGCUUUAUAUGUUAGACUUACAUAUAUUUGCGAUGUAUAUACUAAGUUUUAUGACAAUGAUAAAUAAGUUGCAAAAAAACGACCUUUUCUUUGCCUAAAUCACAUAUUUUCUCACUUUUAAAAUAUAAUGUUUGAUAGU